AUGAGUUUAGACGAACGUUGUAAUCGCGGUCUACCGUUGUCUGUCCGUGGACCAACUAUGGUCCUUAUGGAUCCGGUGAAACCAGCAAAUCACCAACAACGAUGGAAACGAGGACGAACAAUUGAGUUGUUCCAGACGGUUGGGAUGGCCUGGCCUAUUCUGCUGUUUAUCGUUCUCGCGGCCAUAUUGUCUGGAAUGUUCAUGUGGACAUUGGAUCAUUUCAAGAAUCCAGACGAAUUUCCAAUGAAAUUUACGGAAGGAGUCUGGGAAGGAUUUUGGUGGGCUAUUGUUACCAUGACAACAGUGGGAUACGGUGACCGCGCACCAAGGUCCAUAUUAGGUCGCCUGUUUUGCAUGAUUUGGAUUAUAACUGGAAUGAGUAUCAUCGCCAUUUUAACUGCAAUGGUGACCGCGUCGCUUUCAGCCAGCAUUGAGUAUCGUUUGGUUGUCCACGGCUCGAAGAUGGGGGCUGUCGAUGGUAGUCAAGAAGAAAGAAUUGGAACUGGAAUGAACGCUGGAAUCAAAACUUUUGACACACCAAAGGAUGUCGUCGAGGCUCUGGUCGAUACAACAUCACUGGAAGUCGCAAUAAUGGACAGUUAUCUCUUAUCCUAUUACCAUGAAGUCAUCAAACGUGAACCAGUUAGAGUCAAGGCAAACGAAGAACUACCAAUCAACUAUGGCCUAUCCUUAGCACCAAACUCAGAGAACUUUACCCAGUGCUUUAUAAGAUACAUCAAAAACAAUCCCCAGGAUAUUUUUGAAAGUAUUCGACAGAAUUUAAAUCCGUUAAAGAAUCCGACAGAUGACGUAAGCGAGGAAUUGAUCGCCUCGCAAGGAUUCUUGGGUGAAAAAGAUUUUCAUAUGAUUUUGUACGCACUUGCUGGCUUUCUAGGAGGCUUCUUCUUGCUUGGAAUAAUUUGGGAGUUCUUUAUCUCCAAAAUUAUAUGCAAAACGAACAGAGCACCGAAAGCGAAGAAAAAAAAAGAAAAGAAAAGUAUUUUUGAGUCGUUGAUUGGAUUCAGACUCUCUCAAAACCCACCAAUGCAAAAUGAAGACCGUGCUCAAAUCGAGCUGAUUCAGCAGAAAACUGACAAAGUUCGUCAGUUAAUACGAGAGUAUGAGGAAUUCUACGAAUCCUGGAUGGAAAAGUUGAAGGAAGCGACUGAAGGCAGCGAAGAUUUAAAAGGUUUUGGACCAGCGAGUGCGAAAUGGAUGAUGGUUACCCACAAUGGAAAUAACGGAAACCCAGCUUAACCACGUGACCAAUCUUACCGGGUGAUCUAAAAUGGCGGGAAAGGACCGGGACGAGUUGUCAAAUAAAAACCAUUUCUCGGUUGAAACAAUUUAAUAUCUCUUGAAACACACUUUACUUCGGUUUCAAAUUCAUAUCAAAGCUAUAGUUCUUAUAUCUAAACAUAAUCACAAAAUUUCGAAUGGUUUCAUAAAGAAUAACAUAGGAUAUAUUUGGUUAAAUUCUGCAGAAUGGUUUUCUAUUUUGACAUUCCUUCUGAGCCAGCGGUUGACUG